AUGGCGGCGGGUCCCGGGGGAGCCGGCUCUCCCCCAAUGCAGACGCAUGCCAAUCACCGUCUCUCAUGUGAUAGCUGCUGCCCGUGACGUGCCAAGCCCAUAUGGCCUGGCAUAGAGGCUGGUACCCCGCCUGGUAGAGAUGCCACACUCGCUCCGUGGCUCGCAUGGCGCUCUGAAGACGCCGGCGCCCGCCGCCUUGAGGAACCGCUGCCCCCGCUCCCCGAAGAUGGGGGAACAAUGAAAUAAGCGAGAAGAUUCCUCUUCUCCCCCCCCUCUCUCUCUUGCCCCCUUCCCCCUCCCCUCCCCUCUCCCCUUGACUCCUCUCUGAGGCACCAUGCUGACCCGCCUGUUCAGCGAGCCUGGCCUCCUCUCGGACGUGCCCAAGUUCGCCAGCUGGGGCGACGGCGACGACGACGAGCCGAGAAGCGACAAGGGCGACGCGCCACCGCAGCCUCCGCCUGCUCCUGGGUCGGGGGCUCCAGGACCCGCCCGGGCCUCCAAGCCGGUGUCCCUUCGUGGAGAAGAGGUCCCCGAAGCCACGUUGGCCGAGGUCAAGGAGGAAGGCGAGCUGGGAGGCGAGGAGGAGGAGGAAGAGGAGGAGGAGGAAGGGUUGGACGAGGCGGAAGGCGAGCGGCCCAAGAAGCGCGGGCCGAAGAAACGCAAGAUGACCAAGGCACGUCUGGAGCGCUCCAAGCUGCGGCGACAGAAGGCCAACGCGCGGGAACGCAACCGCAUGCACGACCUGAACGCCGCGCUGGACAACCUGCGCAAGGUAGUGCCCUGCUACUCCAAGACGCAGAAGCUGUCCAAGAUCGAGACCCUGCGCCUGGCCAAGAACUACAUCUGGGCUCUCUCGGAGAUCUUGCGCUCCGGCAAGAGGCCGGAUCUGGUGUCCUACGUGCAGACUCUGUGCAAGGGGCUGUCGCAACCCACCACAAAUCUGGUGGCUGGCUGCCUGCAGCUCAACUCUCGUAACUUCCUCACAGAGCAGGGCGCGGACGGCGCCGGCCGCUUCCACGGCUCGGGUGGCCCGUUCGCCAUGCACCCGUACCCGUACCCGUGCUCCCGCCUGGCGGGCGCACAGUGCCAGGCGGCCGGCGGCCUGGGCGGAGGCGCAGCGCACGCCCUGCGGACCCACGGCUACUGCGCCGCCUACGAGACGCUGUACGCGGCGGCGGGUGGCGGAGGUGCCAGCCCGGACUACAACAGCUCUGAGUACGAGGGCCCGCUCAGCCCCCCGCUCUGUCUCAACGGCAACUUCUCCCUCAAGCAGGACUCGUCUCCCGACCACGAGAAGAGCUACCACUACUCUAUGCACUACUCGGCGCUGCCCGGCUCGCGGCCCGCGGGCCACGGGCUGGUCUUCGGCUCGUCGGCCGUGCGCGGGGGCGUCCACUCCGAGAAUCUCUUGUCUUACGAUAUGCACCUUCACCACGACCGGGGCCCCAUGUACGAGGAGCUCAACGCGUUUUUCCAUAACUGAGACCUCGCGCCGGCCCCUUUCUUUUUCUUUGCCUUUGCCCGGCCCCCCUAGCCCCAGCCCCGCGAGCUCAGGGGCUCCCACCGACUCCAGCGCCAGGCGCGCGGGGCGUGGGCCGCCGGUUCUGCGGCUCUCCAGGGCUGGCACGGUCUCCUACCUGUGGGUGGCCCGUCCCAGGGGCCUCGCUUCUCCCUGGGGACUCGCCUUCUCUUUCCCAACGGGCUUCCUCCUCCCUUCUCCGGUGGAGUGCAUCUCUAGGGACCUCCCUCCCGGCCCUCCCUGGAGACUCCUUAGGCAUUCCCAAACUUGGGUUUUCUCUCCCCACCUCCCAGUAGGCCAGAAGGCUUUGGUAAGGGGCAGCUGAGUUUCGGGUUAGUGUCUCCGCUUAUGAUUACUUUUUAAAAAAGACACUGAGCUGCCCAGGCCGAAAGGAGUUGGUAUCUCUUCCUUCUCGAAGAGGGCAAAAGCCAGGGCGCCCAAACGCCUUCACCCCAACCCGAAUCUCCGCGUUUUUUAAUUUUUAUUUUGGUGGGAGGGGAUGUGGAUUGAGAGGACAGAGAGAGGCCAAGUCAAUUUGUAACUAGAAUCAUGUUUCCUUUUCCCUUUUUAAAAAAACAAGCAUACAAAAGAAAAAAAAAAAAA